UUCGGCCCUGUCUUUCUUACAAAAUUAUAAUAUUCAAGUGUUACGCGCAUGAAUUUUGAGGUUGUACGCAUGUUUUACGUUUAUUACAUUUGAAACUCAAUAAAUAAAUUAAAAUGGGGAAGAAACCUAAGGACAUAUCGGAAUGCAAGCAUCCCAACAGCAGGAAGACCAUAGCUUUUGUAAAACAAAUGAAAAAGGAAUCCAACCGUGAGAAGGCUAAACUAGGUACAGCAAUCAAACAGAAUUUAAUAGCUGAAAGAAUAUCCUGGUUCAGAGAACAACUUAUUGCACUACGACAGGCUGAGAAUAUCACAACAUGUGCUCCAGAACACAUUUCAGCCAUGAUAGAACUAUAUUUAACCAGAUUUGAUGAAGAAUUGGAACAGAUUAAACUUAAAAGAUCAAUUGGCAUGAGAAAGAACAACAGACAACAUGCAGGCAGGGAAGAUGUCAUCAAAAUGACACUUCAAAGAGAAACACAAGAAUACAAUACUUGUGGACUUGAAAUUCCUGACUUUACAAAUGCACUCAAUGUAGAUACAGUAUGCAAAUGGGAGGGAGAGCUUAGAUUUCUGCAGAAUAUUAAAUUAAAAAGGUUUAGCAAACAGGCAUUGAAUACUGGUACAAAAAAAUGAAUAAAAUUUAUUCUUACACCUAAAAA